UACCUACAACAUUGUUGAUAUUAUUGGAGGGUUCCACAAAUUGGGCAAUGGAAAAAAAAAAGUUUACUCUCCCUUCCAGCAACUGUUCUAAAAAUUGCGGCGAUGUACAGAUUGAGUAUCCUUUUGGAAUUGGCAGUGAUUGCUCCUAUGCUGCUGGAUUUAAUCUUAUUUGUGUAAAUGACUCUAAUCCUCCGAGGCUCCUUUUGGGAAAUGGUACUGUCCAACUAAGGAAUUUUGACAUGGAGACAAGUCGAAUUUAUAUCGAAUCACCAUAUGUCACAUUGAAUGCGGAUGGUCAAUCCAAUAUCACAUUGAUCAAUCUUAAGAAUUUGCCUUUCUCUUUAAGACAUGACAAUUUGUAUGUGGCCGGUUGCAAUGUCACUGCCAAUAUUAUUGAUGUUGUUACAAAUGGAACGGAAGGUGCUUGUUCUGCAAUAUGCUCCGCUACCAAUACUUCAAUUAUUCCGUUCGACAAUGGAUAUUGCAUACUUCAUUGGAAUUAUAUGAAAUUUAAUCAGAAUUUAUGGGCUAUUCACUUAACUAAACUCAAUAAGAAUAGUACCACUGGCACUAUAGCUUUUAUGCACGAUGAACAUAUUGAUUAUGAUGCCUUCAAACGAUUUAUAGAAGAUCGGAACACAACUGGAAUGAUGGCCUCUCUUACUUGGUACAUCAAUGACUAUUCUACAUGCGAAGAAGCCAUAAGGAGGAACAAUACUUAUGCAUGCCGUAGUAACAAAAGUAAAUGCUAUAAUGUCUCCCAACAAUAUCCAGAAGCAAUAAUAUUCUACUCAAGUGAAAUCAUUCGGAGUUCUUACUCAAGUGAAAUCAUUGGUUACAAGUGUCGAUGUUCUUCACAUUAUGUCGGCAAUCCCUACCUACCUGAUGGUUGUCAAUUAGAUAUCGACGAAUGUAAUUCUUCUACAAAAGUUUGCACUGGAAUUUGUGUAAAUUCAGCAGGAAAUUUCAGUUGUAUAUGUCCCCUGGGAACAUCUGGUGAUCCUUAUCGAGGAGAAUGCAUCAAAACAACAAAUCAAUUUGAUGCAGGUGUGAUUCUUGGUGCUAGUAUUGGAACAAGUCUCUUGCUCUUCUGCGUAAUCAUGGUCAUCGUAUGCAAGAAAUGGAAGCAAAGAAAACAACAGAAAAUUAGAAAACGGAAUUUUCUACGCAAUCAUCAUUUACUACUUCAACAAUUAAGCUCCACAAGCGAUCAUGUUGAAGAGAGAACAAACGUAUUUUCUCUAGAAGAAAUAGAAAAGGCAACAAAUAAUUUCGAUGAAACUCGAGUACUUGGAAAGGGAGGACAUGGAACAGUUUACAAAGGGAUUCUAUCUGAUCAACGAGUUGUCGCCAUAAAAAAAUCAAAAAUAAUUAAGACGAGUGAAAUUGACCAAUUUAUAAAUGAAGUUGCAAUUCUUUCUCAGAUUAAUCAUAGGAAUGUGGUUAAACUUCUUGGAUGUUGUUUAGAAACUGAAGUUCCUUUAUUGGUUUAUGAAUUUAUCUCCAAUGGAACUCUUUCUGAUCAUCUGCAUGUUCCACAAGGUGAGUCUAAAUUAUCAUGGGAUGAUCGUCUCAGGAUUGCCACAGAAUCUGCAGGAGCACUUGCUUAUCUACACUCAGCUGCUUCUAUGUCUGUUUUUCAUAGAGACGUAAAGUCAUCAAAUAUUCUUAUAGAUGAAACUUUUAAAGCGAAGGUAUCAGACUUUGGAGCAUCAAAAUUUAUUCCUCUUGAUCAAACACACAUAGUUACUGCUAUACAUGGUACCUUUGGAUAUAUUGAUCCAGAGUAUUAUCAAACUAGUCGGUUGACGGAAAAGAGUGAUGUCUAUAGCUUUGGAAUUAUUCUUCUUGAACUCUUAGUUGGAAAGAAGCCCAUCUACUCAACUGAAAAUGGAUUACAACAAAAUCUAGCUAUGAAUUUCCUUCAAGCAAUAAGAGAGAACACAUUGCUUGAUCUGGUAGAAGAUUGUGUUUUGCAAGAAGGAACAAAGCAAGAGGUUCUUGAAAUCAGUAGUUUGAUAGAAAUAUGCUUGAAUUUGAAAGGUGCAAAAAGGCCUACAAUGAAAGAAGUUGAAUAUAAAUUGCAAAGCAUGAGAAAAGUUAGAAUGAAAAAGAAAGGAGUUCGUAUUCUAGAAGGGAAUGAGGAUGCUGAAUGUUUACUCAGUGUGUCAUCUCACUCUUCCUCACAAAUGGUGGAUGAAAUAAGUCAAGGAAAUUCUAGGAAUUAUAGCUUUGAGAAGGAACUUAUGUGGUCACAAAAUUGCCCUCGUUAA